AGUAUAAAACACAUGCGUAGUAUGAGCGCUGUCAGGCAGUUAACUCGCUAAGAUCAAGCAACACUCCGAAGGGUCUAGUAACUUUUAAACAUCUACUCCGAAAUUGGUUAGUUUUGUUGGCGAAAAAUAACGAUACAGGGUAAAUAUGCGUCUGAAGGAAAUUCCUAGCAGACAAUCUAAUUAAUUUUCAUAAGGUCACGUGACGGCUUUGUGUAUUCGGCGCAUGUGAGGCGAUUUUUCAUAUUUCGCUUUCAGACGUCGAAUUCGGUAGAUCUUUUUACUUUUUAAACAUUUUUUUAUUUUAAGUAAUAGAUAUGAAUGUGAUAUAUAUUAUAACUGAUAAUUAAUUUGAACAACUCUUUCAGGCCGACGCUGGAGCGAGAAUUUAGGAAAAUUAUUUUGCUAUGAGAUAGUGUUAUUUAUUUUAUGGCCUUAAAUUAUGGCACUAGUCGGAGCGAGGCAGAAUUACCAUGAUCACGGAUCUCAACCUAUUCUAGCCGCCAAUCUCCCUUACUACCAAGGUACAGUUCUUUCCCAGCAAGAUGUACCACCCGACAGACCGAUUGGCUAUGGAGCUUUUGGAGUGGGCGGUUACGGACCCAAGGAAUGGAAAACGGGUUGCUUUAAAGAAAAUGCCGAAUGUCUUUCAAAGUCUGAUAUCGGCGAAGAGAGUGUACAGAGAGCUGAAGAUACUGUGUCAUUGCAAACAUGA